AUGGACGUUGGCGGCUCCGUUAAGAAACGCAACAAGCCCACGUUUGUGUGCACCAACUGCAAGAAACGCAAGACCAAGUGUGAUCGUAAAUCGCCCUGCUAUUCGUGUGUCAAGACCAACAGCGGCUUCUCGUGCACCUACGAGUCCAACUGGCGCCCAGUGUCGUUUCUGGAGAUCGAGCGCCGAGUGGCAUCUGACACCCUCAAGCACCAUGCCUACGACGAGGUGGAAUCGGUGCCAGAACCGGCACCCUCCGUGCCGCCAACCCACCACCCGCUGGACGAGGUGUUGAUGUUGAGAAAGCGCCUCAAGGAGCUCGAGGACACCUUGAAGGACACAGGCCUCUCGCCGCCUGCCGAUAGUGGCACAGACGUGCUCAACCUCUACGACGGGUUCUCGCCCACCCGCUUGCUCGACGACACCUGCGAGAACUACGGACCGUUUUCCAACGUAUCCAUUGUCAAACGCGACCCCUGGCUCUGUGCGUUGUGGGAGACCUUGGUGGAGAAGGUGGGCACAUUCAAGAUCUACGCCACCCCCGACUUGCACCAUGUCGGCUCCGACAACGUGGAAAAGUACUUCCACAGCAAGGCCAUGGCCAAGGGCGAUCCCAUGGACCCUAUUCUGUCGUUCGACCUCAACGGCAUCCACCACUUGAAGGCCAGCAACAUCCGACUAGCACGCACGCUUUUUGACGGCCGCUUUGGUGCAGACGUCCAGCUUGUCGAGCGCAUCCACAAGGUGUUGCCCACACGCAAGGUGUUGUGGACGUUGAUCGACAAGUUCUUCCGCAUCUUGUACCCGUUCUUCCCGUUCCUCGACGAAAUCAAGUUCAAGGAGGACUUGUCUCGCAUCGUGGGCCCCAUCGACUACCUGGAGACAUACGUGCAAAGCGUGCGCGUCGAAACCAAGUUGGAUUUGGCCACUGUCGCCAUCUGCCUCUUCAUCACCAGACUCUCCUACGUGUCGUUGUUCUCCAACCGCAUCCAGGUCACCGAUGCCAUCUUGAAAGCCAGCGACAGCGAGGAAAAAUAUUUAUUAAACAGCCCCAUCAACUUGGUCGCCAUUGAGGUGGCCCGCAUCUGUCUUGAAUUCAUAGACCCUCACAAAACCGUCCAUUUCACCGUACUUCAGGCCUUGGUGUACCAUCUUGUGUACGCCAUCCAUGCGCCAGAAGAAGGCGAACUGGCGGAUGGAAGUGAGUCCCAAGACCGUUUGGGCACCAUGGCAAACCAGGUUUAUGCUUUGGGACUCCACAGAGAACCUGACAAGUUUGAGGAUUGCCGUAACGAUGAAAAAAUCAACCAUCUAGGAAGAAAAAUAUUUACCUACUUAAUGAGAUUGGAUCUCAUCCAAUCGUUUGCAGUCGGCAGUCUUCCUAGUAUUGAUUAUGUCCAUUAUGAUACCAAAAUGCCAUUUUUGACUGCAAAAAAUAGUAAUAUUGCUGAUCUUAAAAUCGAACAGUUUGUGGUGGACGCUUAUCAGUUUGCAAAACCUAGAGUGAAUCCCUUGAGAUCAAUAUUGGCCCUGGUUUUGGAUAUUAACAACGGAUGUCCCGUUAGUCGGUUGGUGCAAAGAAUGAACGAAUUGGAAGAGACUUGUGCUACGUCUUUGGACAUCUUGAAGUUGUCUCCGGAAAGACUGAUCAUUCCUUUGGAAGCUUCUACUGAUGAACUCCUUGAUAUAAUUAAGGCCAGAACCUUUAUUUUGACCAAAACAAGUUUAUUGACUCUUUAUUUCCAUCUUUUUUUGCAUUACGAAAAGAAGUCAAACUUUGAAAACUGUUAUCUUUAUGUGGCAAAGACGUAUCGAACCAUACAUGAUGAUUUCUUGCCAUAUAUUUUUGAAAUUUUCCAUGGAAGGUUCAGCAACCAUAGCUUGGUUUUGAAUACCAUUGUGCAAAUUGUAAUGCAUAAAUCAAAUCAGUCAUGUCUUUCACAUCUUACCAGAGUUAAUUCUAUCAGAUUUUCCAUGCAAGCAAAGCUUGAUCAUCAGAGUAGGUUGGCAAGUGAUCCACGCUACCACGACUAUUAUAGAAGGAUUGUGCAUCUCUCCCAGAAUAUCGAACGCACGGGGUCUAUGUUGACUACAUUAUUCCAAAGAUAUUCCACUACAUAUUAUUAUUCCUGGAAAAUUACCAAAACACAUAUGGCGGCUUAUGACUUCUUGAAAGAAGAAACUUUGUUCAAGAGCCCAAGCUCGUCUUUGAAGAAAUUGCACUCCUUCCAAUUCACAGCAAGCCAAUUGGAUGAAUUGAAUGGCAUUAUGUACUCGUUGGGCAAGGGUUUCAAAACCGUGGUUUCAUAC